UUAUCCCGAUUCCCCAUUUGAAGUGUUAAAGUAGCCUGCGUAAGCGAGGAAGGCAACGAUGUCUGUCUCUGCACUCUCCCUCGCCUCCCCAACAAAGCCUGGUUUCUUCCCCUACGAAUGUCAUGGCAAGACCUCCCCCAACCAAAUAAAAUGGAGAAUUAGAGCCUCUUCUGCUGCUCCCGGGGUUGAUCUAAAGAGUCUUGAAGCUGCAAUUGCCAAGAAUGAUAGUAAUGCUGUUAAAGUGUUGCUUGAUCAGCUGAGUGAAGUUGGUUGGGCCAAAAAAUGGAGUUCUCAACCCAAUGUAUCACGCCGUAUGACAUCAUUGCGGGAGCUCACGACUCUUGGAAUAAAAAAUGCAGAGAACCUAGCAAUUCCAAGUGUUAGAAAUGAUGCAGCUUUUCUAUUCACAGUGGUGGGGACGACGGGAUUUCUGGGUGUUCUCACCAGCCAACUUCCUGGGGACUGGGGAUUUUUUGUGCCAUACUUGAUUGGGAGCAUCUCUUUGAUAGUUUUGGCCAUUGGGAGUAUCAGCCCUGGGCUUCUUCAGGCUGCUAUUGGUGGUUUCUCAUCAGUUUUCCCCGACUACCAGGAAAGAAUUGCUUCACAUGAGGCAGCUCAUUUUUUAGUUGCAUACUUGCUUGGCCUCCCGAUAUUGGGGUAUUCAUUGGAUAUUGGUAAAGAGCAUGUCAAUUUGGUUGAUAAAAAACUCGAAAAGCUGAUAUACAGUGGUCAACUUGAUGCAAAGGAAUUAGACAGGUUGGCAGUGGUAUCAAUGGCUGGGCUGGCAGCAGAGGGUUUAAAAUAUGAUAAAGUAGUUGGUCAAUCUGCUGAUCUAUUCACUCUUCAGAGGUUUAUAAACAGAAGCAAGCCACAGAUCAGCAAAGAACAGCAACAGAAUCUCACUAGAUGGGCCGUUUUGUUUGCUGGAUCCCUCUUAAAAAAUAACAAGGGCGCUCAUGAGGCCCUAAUAUCAGCAAUGUCGAAGAAAGCAACUGUGUUAGAGUGUAUCGAAGCAAUUGAGAAUGCUGUAUAAUUCAAAUGUCUACAUGGAGCACAUUCAUAAAAUGCACCUUUAGCAUUCAUUUGGACAGUUAAGAAUCAUUCAAAUGAGGUUUCAAAAGGUUCUAGAAUAUAGCACUUAGAUCAGAUGGUUUGAGAAUCAACUGAGCAUUCUGAUUUUUCAUUUGUAAAACAUAUAAGGUGGAACCUACUCAUCUGUAGGUCCUGAUCUUUUCAAAACACAGAUGAAUGGGAUGUUUUGGGUGCCCCAAACCUGUGUAUGGGUCUGAUAGCACAGAUGGGAGAUUUUCCUUUUAGGGCAGCGGUGCAGAAGGCCAGAAAAAUGUUUUUUCUGCUAGACUUUUGCCUUUUGUUGGUGCUCAAUUGAAGAUUCUUCUUGGAUAAUAUUAACUCAGAAGACAGUGAUAGCAGACUUCAUAAGAAA